AUGCUGUCUCAAGCAGCAGCGGGUGAAGCUGCGAACAUCGCAACGCUUGUGGCCAUGGGCUUCAGUGAGAAUAGUGCCAUAGAAGCCUUCAAGCGCUGCUCGACGGUUGAAGCCGCUGCGGCCUGGAUCGUCGAGCAGACGCCGAAUUAG